AUGGGUCUCGCCCCGAUCGAGUGUCUACCCGUCGAGCUUCUCCAACCCAUCUUCAUCGCCGCCGACCAUAACAUCGCGCUCAUUCAAGCUUCGCAUCACAUCGCAGCAAGACUGUCAUCCGAGUACAUCUACAACUCAACAUGCGACUACUACCUCACUGAGGUACGAGGCAAGCGCGCCGAGCAGACAGCGGCUCAAACCUUUAUCUUCGCCAGCAGAUGGAUGACGUGGGAUUUCUUCAAGUCGUGGAUCGUGCGACGAUUUGAACCCGCAGGAUGUCUCUGUGGCCUGACGACAGAUGAAGGCUGCUUCGACGCCCAGUGGCCGCCCGACUUCCAAGAUGCCACACAGAUGGUCUUCUCUAGAAGUCAUUUUCCUCGGCUCGCUUUUGUGAAGGGACGCCUACCGAAGAAGCUAUUCACGGGCUCGUUGACCCAAGACAAAGUCGAGUUCUUACGAUUCUUACUCUGGAUUACAGCGAUGACUGUCGACUGGACGAACCCUGAAGUUGCGCAUGCGACUAUUACUGCGAGAAAGAAUGCCAUGCUGGAACGCAAUCUUGAGGCAGUAGAGCUGUUCAACCACAAUCGACGCCUAGGCCGACCUGCCGACCUGGACACCGUGCGAUUUGCUGUUAUCGAAGCUGGCUGCGACCGCUCCAUAGUCUAUGACACAAUACUGGUUUCGACCAUGUGGCAUGGCAUCAAACCCGCCCGACACUGCGCCGAACUUUACAAAUGGUGUGAUCGUCAAAAAGUGGAAGGGAACCCGAAAGGGCAAUGGCUGUGGACGAAGCUUGUUCAAUCCUGUAUCGAGAGAAGCCAGGAGGACGCAGAAAAGGUGCACUGUCCGGGUUCGUACCUGGAUGCUAGCGAUAGUUACGACGGUGGGCCAGAAGAUACUCUUACGGUGAGCGAUCUUCGCUGGAACAAGGUAUGUCGAAUUCACAAUCUUUUCGCUACUUCUUUUUCUUUCCCUAGAUCCGUCCGAGAACUGCACGAUGCCGUCGAAGUAUCGACCAGCAGAGUAAGCACAAGGCCCAACUCGCAAUCAUGA